GCAGCAGCCAGACAAGGAGAAGGAAUCCUGUGACCGAUGUGGGCUAAGGAUACCAUGGAGCCUUUGGGCCUGCAAGAGAUACUGGUUACAGGGCUUCUCACAGAGCCCUCCUAUCAUAUGGCAGUGUGUGCAGCAGAGGCUCUGAGGAAGAAUUUUCCAACCAAGAUAGCAGAGCCUAAAUUGCUUCCUUUGCUGGAAUUUGCAUGGGCUGAAUAUCUACAAGAGAAAAAAAAGGAGUUAAGAGGAGAAGUAUGGGAAUAUCCCUCCAAUGUGAUGUGUUUUGUUGAUGGCCAGCUUGUUGGAGAUGAAAAAAUGCUGCUAAAGUGGGCUUAUGAUGUUUGGGAUUAUAAAGAUUUUAAACCUACAGCCCUUUACCAAGCCAUUACUGAGGAUUUCUUUACAAAAUACAUGAGAGACAAAAAACAUGUGUUCGUGUACUUGAAUGUAGCUAUUCAGGAGGUGCCUAUCGGACAAUUGCUUUUUGAGCUCUAUUCUGAUAUAUGUCCCAAGACAUGCCAGAAUUUCAGAUGUUUGUGUAAAGGGGAGAAAGGAACAUCUAAAUCUGGGCUGGCACUCACUUACAGUGGUUCUAUCUUUCAUCGACUUGUAAAAAAUGGAUGGAUACAAGGAGGAGACAUAAAAGAAGGGAAAGGGGAUGGUGGUGAGUCUAUUUAUGGACCUAUCUUUGAAGAUGAAAAUUUUGCAGUUCUACAUGACAAAAGAGGAGUUCUUGGAAUGGUCAACAAAGGAUGCCACAGCAAUGGAUCCCAGUUUUAUAUCACACUACAACCAGCCCCCUAUUUGAAUGAAAAAUAUGUAGCUUUUGGGCAAUUGAUUGAAGGUUCUGAUGUUCUCCAGAAACUGGAAGCAACAAAAACAUUAAAUGAGAGGCCAGUUGUGGAAUGUAAAAUUAUUGACUGUGGAAUUUUUAAUCCUUGAUUAUAGAGGAAAAAGAUACAGAGACUUAUAUCUUUUCCCUUGAGGGAGGAAAGCAACUUGGAGAGCACAAUCUGAAUUGGAAAAUGACUCAAAGAAAAAAAGACCGACCGUGAAGUGAAUGGGCUUAGAAGAACAUGACUCUGUUUAAGAGUAGAAGUACUUCCUCCCAAUCUGCCAGUCUUGUAUUCAAAAUUUCAGAAUUCUUAACCUGCUUUCCAUUAAAAAUUGUUAUGGUAAAAUUA